AUGGCGACAACAACAGAAGGAUACCCAGUAACACCAGCACCGUUUCCAGCGCGCUCAAAGUCUGCUUCGUCAAGCAUACAGGGCAUGGAAACAACAGCAACGUCCAUGUCAUUCGCUGACAAGAUCCUCAUCACAGUCACCCAGCAAGGGCGCCUGGCCCAUUGGGUCCACGUGCCACUCGACAUCUCCGCGACCGACGCUUCGGUGACAUCACAAGCCUACCUCGACCGUGACGAUGAAGACCCAGCGUCCGAUCUGCUUCCUAUGCAUCAUCUCACCGCGACGACGAUACUGGGCGGCACAAUACCAGAGCUCGAAGUUCUUGGGCAGACCCUCGCGACGCAGAUCGCCAGUGCGAUUAAGACACAGAACGACAGGGAGACACGCAUGGUAGUGCUCGGCAUGGGUCUGGACAAAAGCAUGAGUGGGAGGACAGAGUUUAGUGAAUUGGUGGGGCUGGUAUUGGAGGUAUUGUGA